AUGCUCAUCGUUGGUGAUAUCCGCGUGAGGUCAUACGCCACAGGCCAGCAAUCACUCGGCGCGGUGAACACAACCGCCUCGAGCGUACCGCUCAAACACGAGCCGAGGGUGGAGGGUGGGGCGGCGGCGAAGAGGCGGGAGAGCUGGGAGUUGGGCCUUGUGCAGAGAGUCGUCGGCAUCCUCCUCGACCUUGAGAAGAAGAAGGAGGCCAACCAAGGCGAAGGCAUGAAGGAUGGAGCACCCACGCCCGGCCAGUUGCAGGGCAAGCGCUGGAGAGGAGACUAUUCUCGCCGCCUCACCCACAGCCAUGGGUUGUGGUACUUUACAGACUGA